AUGAAGUCGUUUGGAUUUGUAUUCCUGCUGUUCUUGGUCAGUGGGCUCUGCCAAGAAAGUCGCACAGCUUUCUUACCGCACUUUAACUGCAAAAAGAUCGCAUUCUUCAAGACCCACAAAACUGGCUCCACAACAAUAGGCGGCAUCCUUUUCCGCGUCGCCGUGGCCUCCAACAUGUCGCUCUACACCACGCGCAGCUCCCACUACGUGAGCCUCGGCUUUAAAGAGAACGAACAGCUUCUAGGGCGGGUCAACAUGGUGCUUCACCACAUCCGCUACUCUGAACACGUUUUGGUUCCCCUCCGGAGUUUCUUGCCUCCCGUGCUCAACCCCAACAACAUGACAUCCGUCCGGCUACCUGCUCGCCCCACAACACCGGCGAACCGCAGCUACAUCAGCGACUUCUACUACUUCGUGGAGCCCGACGCACGUAAGGCCCAACGGCCCCUGACGCUGCGGCAGUACGCCGCCGCGAGUGAGGGCGGCAACCGCAUGGCUCGGGAGUUCGCGGUCAAGGACGCGGCGGCGGCACUGGAGUUCGUGGCGGGGGAGAUGCAUACGGAUGGUGCGGUGCGUGUGUCUGGCGUGGGGUACGGCCUGUUUCUCCCCCUGGAGCUAUUGGAUUACGGAUUAGCCCUCCUGGCCACCCACUGCAACUGGGGCCUGAGCCGGAUCAUGUACCUGGCCACAAAUAAGAAUAAGGGGGGAGCUGAGCGGUACGGCAACGUGACGUUGCAUGCUCGUCCCACGAUGGCCCAGCUGGCGGAGGAGGAUCCGGCGCUUGUUGACCGCAUCGCCGCGGUCAACAGUAUCGAUGCCAUCCUGUACGGUGCUGCGUACGGACAGAUGGUGGCGCGGCUGCAGCUGUACGGUGCGGAGGCGGCGUCGGCCGUUAUGGGCGCGGCGGUACGACUCACGGCGGCGCGUAGCCGGCUAGACGCGGACUGCCGUGCUUUACUCGGCGACGGCGGCGGCGGCUACGACGGCAACGCCAUACCUGUGCUACCGCCGCCGCCGCCGCUAGCCCUGUACGGCAACAAUAUCUCCGUGGAUGAUCUUCGGGGGCUGUGUGCUUGGUACUCAGUGCCGGACCUCGUGUACGAAAAAAUGCCCAGCCGCGAAACCGGCCGUGUUGAGCUCAAUGCUGUGCUAACAUCGCCCGGGCGGCCGCCGGCAUCAUGGCCCGUGGGUCGCUUGCUGCGCCUUGCCGACGAGCACCUGGCUUCGUACGACAAUCCAUCUGUGCCGUACUAUCAUAGUUUGCUAGCCGUUCACGUGCGACCUUUGACGACGGCAGAGGCGGAGCUAGUGUACGGCAUGGCAAACGGCAGUAGCGGCGACGGCGACGGCGGCGAUGGCAACGGAGAUCUCGAGCUAGCGCCGCUGGCGGUGGCGGUACGGCUCUGGUCGGCCCAUCAUGCCCAAGAGGGACUUCACCAUUUGGUAUUUUUAGUGGAUGCUUCCAACCCGGACUCCCAGCAAGAGCUAGUGCGUCAGGCAGCGGUGGCAGCACUACGACAUCGCGGCGACGCUGCCGAUGGCGACGACGGCGAAGCGAAGUCCUAUACGACAUUCUCAAUCGUGCAGUGCGGAGCCGCACCAGGCGUUGACGGCAGCGCCUGCGGCACCGCUGCCUUCCUUGACGCGGUCUCCAGAUCGCGUUGGUCUGCCGUACUGCCUGACCUUACACACUUCCUGUACGGCAUCCGGGGGAGCGUGCGGAGUGUCCUGUUGUCGUGCGAGGGGACGUUACAGAACGCCGGCGCCGUUUGUGCGCCGCUGGUGCCCUGGAGGGUGCCGCCGCCGGGUACGACGAUAAACGUAUCUGGCGGCGGCGGCGGCGGCGGUGCCGGCGGCGGUCGGGGUCGCCGCAACACUCUUGCAGACAGCAGCAUCACUAACAGAACUGUCAGAGAUCAGCGAAUGGGGCCCGAGCAGAGGGGGGAAGAAGCUGGGGGUGAGGAGACCUUGCGGGACUAUGAAAAUGCUGAUAAGUCUGGGGCCGGUUCGCAUGGGGCAGCGGGCAAGGUUAGGGCGGAAGGGCCUGUGCUCGACCAUUCUGGUGAAGGGGAGUUCAAGUCGCCGCCGCCGCGGUAUCGAUGGCCACAGCGGCAGCAGCCCCAGCAGCGCAAGGAGGGACUGGAGGAGCCCGCCGAUGAUACGACGAAGAGCUGGCGUCGCCGUGGGCAACACCGUGGGUCCGUCGCCUGUGUACGAACCCCGUGCAGCCCUGGCCUCUCCAAGGACCUCAUGGCUCGCUGCAUCAUGAUCCGGGCCAUGCCCCUACUGGGUCACACUUUGUCGUAUACGUCCCUUGGCGGGGUGCUGCCGGAAGGCCGGUCGUCGUACGGGGUGCCGUACCAGGGUCCACAGCAGCACCGACUGGAGGUGGCGCGGCUGGUGCCGCCCUCGGAAGAGGACAUGCGGUUGGCGGAGGCAACGGCAGCCGCGGCGGGGGUAGACCCGUGGACUUUUAAAUGCUCCCGAAUGCCGCGGCCGCGGCUGCGACUGCCGUGGUGUGAGCUGUAG